AUCAUCAUGCUACCUCUCACCACCCUCUCCCUAUAUGUAUCCCUGCUUUCACCAGCAGCAGCAGGAGUCUUGGCAUCACCAAACCUACCCAUCAAACUCCCAAUCUCACCCGCCCAAGGACACCGUUCAAGUCCUUCACUCACAUCCCGCAGCAGCAACGGCAAUGGCUUCGUCCGCGCCUCCGUCCACGCCGCCCACGGCGCUCCUCCCAAGCUUCGACGGAGACAGGAAGACGAAGGGCUGAAGAACCAGAACCUAGGCACGACUUAUACCAUUGACAUUGACAUCGGGACGCCUCCGCAGACUGUGACGCUCAUCUUGGACACGGGGUCGCCGGAUCUGUGGGUGAACCCGCAAUGUGAGACUUCGGGCCAGGAGAAGUACUGCAACAGUUUUCGGCAGUUUGACUACACCAAGAGCAAGACGAUUCAGGAUACAGGGGCAGCGGAUAUUUUGAAAUAUGGUAAAGGGAAUGUGACGAUUGAGUAUGUGACUGAUGAUGUGAUUAUCGGGUCCGCCAAAAUCAAAUCCCAAAUCCUCGGUAUCGGCUUCGAAUCCAUCGACAUCCCCCUUGGGAUCCUCGGCCUCUCCCCUUCCGUUUCCCCCGACGGCCAAUCUCCCUAUCCCUACCUGCUCGACUCCAUGGCCUCUCAGGGCAUCAUCUCCUCGCGCGCCUUUUCGCUCGAUCUGCGCAGCAUCGACAACCCUUCGGGCGCCAUCAUCUUCGGCGGCGUCGACCUCGGCAAGUUCUCCGGCAGCCUCGCCAAACUGCCCAUGCUCGAUCCCUCCCAGACUCCCUCGGGCGUCGACCGCUACUGGAUCGUUUUGUCAGGCGUAGGCAUGACGUACCCCGACGGAGAGGAAGUCGAGUCCGAAGAGAUUGGCGUCCCUGUUUUUCUGGACUCAGGUGGCACGUUGUCUCGGCUGCCGGAAACGAUCUUUCAAGCUAUUGGCGAUAGUUUCCCUGGCAGUCAGUAUGAUACCGAGUCAGGGUUUUAUAUCGUUGAUUGCGCGGUGGCGGAACAAGCUGGCUCGGUUGAUUUCAUUUUUGGAUCGUCUACAUCAGCUAAAAAGAUUCGGGUUCCUUAUGGUGAUUUCAUCUGGGAAGUGCAAACGGGGGUGUGUGUGGUGGGGGUCCUGCCGACGGAUGACGAGCCCGUGUUUGGGGAUUCGUUCCUGAGAGCGGCGUAUGUGGUGUUUGAUCAGGAUAAUCGAAACUUGCAUCUGGCGCAGGCGGCGAAUUGCGGAGAGCAAAUCGUGGAGAUUGGAAGUGGGCAGGAUGCGGUGCUGUCUAGCACGGGCAAGUGUAAGGAUGGUUCUGCGGGAUCGACGAAGACGGCUGGGGGUGGGGGACUGGAUGUUACGGCUACGAGGGCGCCGACGAGGACGGCGGGGGGGAGUGGGCCGGCGGUAACGAACUCGGAUUUUGGACCGGGACCGGCGGGGACGAGGGUUAGUACGGGAGGGAUUGGGUUGCCGACGGGGACUGGUGGGGGAGGAGGUUCGGGGGAUGGAAAUGGGAAUGAUGAUGAUGAUAGUGCGGCGAGUGGGUUGGAUGUUGGGGUUACGGCUGCGGCGGUGUUGGCUGGGUUGAAUAUGUUGGCUGUUUGGUUGCUAUGAUGACGCGAUGUAGAUAGAUGAUGUUUUGAUUUAAGUAUGGGUAUUUGAGGAUCGUGAUUAAGCAUGUUGGCGUUGGAAUAUACCGAUAUACACCGUCGAUC